AUGUCGCUAUUCAAAUCUUUCCAGCCCUCAAAGGGCGACAUUGCUUCAUCAACAGCUGUCAAAUCUUCCGUUCAAAGAGGAAUGCGUCAAAAAUUACUAGAACAAUAUCCAAGCCUUUCACAAGAUGAAGGUGUAUUACUAGAACAAAUUUGGCCAAAAAAGCAAGGAAUCACAUUGGUCAAAUUUAGUAGAGAACAUGUUUCAUUUUUGGUAAAUCAAGGAGAACCACUCUUCUUCCAGCAUUUUGAUGGACCGUAUAUGCCAACUUUGCAUCUAUUACACAAAUACCCUUUCCUCUUACCUUCUAUUCAAGUUGAUAGAGGAGCAAUCAAAUUCUUGUUAUCGGGUGCUAAUGUCAUGGCACCAGGACUACUAACUGCUGGAGGAAGGUUGCCCGAUCCGGCAAAAGGUGAGACUGCUUUGCCAGAAGGAGCACCUGUAGCCAUCUUGGCACAAGAUAAGGAAUCAGCCUUGAGUAUCGGCAUUCUACGUGCUGGAACGGACGAAAUUCGAUCGAAGGGAAAGGGAAGUGUGGUCGACAACAUACAUUAUCUAGGUGACGACUUGUGGAUCUCGUGCGCAAAGGGAGGUUUCUAAUGAUAAAAUAUCGCAUAUUCUGCAAUUGUACUAUUACAACAUUUCA